AUGCAGCAACUCACUAAGGAGCAGGAGCUCACUAUUGGCGGACUGUGUAGAAUCCUGCCAAAUUUCAAGCAUUUGGGAAAGGCAAAAUUCUCCAAAGCCGCCGCCGAAGAGCGCCUUUGCCGCUUGCGGACCGAGUGGGACUCAUACCGACUCCUCCACCUUCAGUUAGAAUUGAAAGCCACCGCCGAGGACCGUGAGAGCCGAGACUAUUUCGCGCAAGGAUACUUUAAGCGUGCCAAGACGGAGUUUGAGCAGGCAAGUGACUUCUUCGUGGAGUUGGUCACAUCGUUUAGGAGCGGGGCGUCUGCGCUGGCUGACGCGGGCCAGCGGCUGCAGCAUUUCAAGGGUGCAUUAGAAGGAGAGGCCGCGUCCGAGGUCGCUCACUACUCCGUGACAGCGGCGAACUUUGGCAUCGCGUGGGCGGCUUUGGUCAGGAGGUACGACCAACUGGUGGUCAGUGCGCUGCUGUCGAGCUUCCUGGCCCUUGCGCCGCUCUCCCGCGAUCGCGACGGCAGCGGUCUCGCUUUGCUGCGCCGUCGCACUAACGAGGCGUUGCCCCAACUUAAGAAUUUGGGGCGGCCGGUGGACCACUGGGACGACCUGCUGGUCCAUCUCACGGUGGAGAAACUCGACCCGAAGUCGAGGGAGGUGUGGAUACAUGAGCUCAGGAUGGCCCCUGAGCCAUCGACUGUCUCCGCGGAGCGUAGGCCGGCCCAACCUCCACCACCGGUACGCUCCCACGCGAUUGUGACAACGGCGGCGAGCCGUUGCCGGAAGUGCGGCGACAACCACCCGUUAUUCCGGUGCCCUGCGUUCAGGGGCGUGGCGCCCAACCUGCGCCGGGAGUUUGUUAGGACGCGCUGUUGUUGCUUCAACUGCCUCCGAUCGGAACACCCCGCGACUUCGUGUUCCUCCGCGUCGUGCUGCUCCAUUUGCAAUGGUUCGCACCACACCCUGAUUCAUCAGGAUCCCGGUGUUGGUGCCAGGCCAGAUGCAACCGCGGUCAAACCUGGGCGGGAUUCGACGACGAACAUCUCCGGUCCACAACUGCGCCGCACGCGAAAGCGGGAACAGGGCCGUACUGCUCGCGACCGCUCCAGUUUGGGUACUGUCACGCGACGGGGGGAGGGGGGGGGUAGUAAGGCCGCUGAGGACCUGAUGGACCAGGGAUCAGAGGCGACCUUCGUCUCCCAAUCUCUCGUCCAGGCCCUCCGCAUUCCCAAACGGCCCGCUGCUAUCACCGUGACGGGUGCGGGGGACGUUCCGGUGGGUCGCGUGAAUUCGCGGAUCGACAUCGUUUUACGGUUGACUGAGCGCGGGAACGCACCUAUGCCGCAUUCCGUGCACGUACUCCGGCGACUAACCGCGUACGCGUCCAAGGCGACCGUCGAUGUUCGCGACUACCCGCAUCUGCAGGACCUCGUCUUGGCGGACCCUGAUCCGACCUUAGAUCUCCUCGUAGAUCUUUUGAUCGUGGCCGAUUGUUACGGAGAUGUGAUCGGUCCCGGCCUGCGCCGCGGAACAAUUGGCCAGCCCAUAGCGCAUGAGUCGGUGUUCGGUUGGGACGUCUCGGGCGCCACGUCGACGCCCGCGAACGAUCCCGAUUCCUCCGUGACGUCCCUGCACUGUCGCGCGGAGGAAAGGUUAGAGCAGCAAUUGCGUUUUGCUCUGGGAGUUCUAGGAAGCGAGUUCCAAGUCUGUUCUCUCCCCUGA